AUGACGGACCAGAGGCUCCCCGAGGUCGACCUGGUCACCAGGAUGCAGGUCGACGAGUCCGUCGUUGGAAACAACGAUAUCGACGAGUCUCUCUACAGCCGACAGCUCUAUGUCCUGGGUCACGAAGCUAUGAAGCGCAUGGGCGCUUCCAAUGUGCUCAUCGUGGGACUCAAGGGCCUCGGUGUCGAGAUAGCCAAGAACAUUGCGCUUGCUGGCGUCAAGAGCCUGACCCUUCACGACCCUGCCCCUGUGGCCAUCGCAGACUUGUCCUCUCAGUUCUUCCUGCGCCCCGACGACGUCGGAAAGCCCCGAGAUGCGGUCACUGUACCUCGGGUGGCCGAGCUGAACGCAUACACUCCGGUUACCGUGCACAAGUCUUCCGGACUCGCCGAUAACCUCGCCGAGCUCAACAAAUACCAAGUCGUCGUCCUGACUGGCGCACCCUUGAAGGAUCAGCUUGCGAUCGGCGACUACUGUCACUCAAAAGGCAUAUAUUUCAUCACUGCGGAUACUUUCGGCUUGUUUGGAAGCAUCUUCUGUGAUUUCGGCGAGAAAUUCUCGGUCAUUGAUGCGACCGGAGAGAACCCCCAAAACGGAAUCAUCGCUGGCAUCGACGACGAAGGUCUCGUGUCCGCUCUCGACGAGACCCGCCAUGGACUUGAGGAUGGAGACUACGUCACAUUCUCCGAAAUCGAGGGCAUGGAGGCUCUGAACAACUCCGAGCCACGGAAAGUUACAGUGAAGGGCCCUUACACUUUCUCGAUCGGUGAUGUCUCUGGACUGGGCCAGUACAAGCGAGGUGGUCUUUUCCAGCAGGUCAAGAUGCCCAAGUUUUUGGAUUUCAAGAGCAUUACACAGUCAUUGACGGAACCCGAAUUCCUCGUGUCUGACUACGCCAAGUUUGAUCGCCCACAACAGCUGCAUAUUGGAUUCCAAGCUCUGCAUGCUUUCGUCCAAACACAUGACCGCCUGCCGAAGCCCAUGAACAAGGACGAUGCCGCCGUGGUGGUCAAGUCGGCUCAGGCAUUCGCACAGAAGAUGGGUGUUGAGGUCGAGAUCGACGAGAAACUCUUGACAGAGUUGAGCUACCAAGCCACAGGAGACUUGAAUCCCAUGGCGGCUUUCUUUGGUGGACUCGCGGCUCAGGAGGUUCUCAAAGCGGUCUCGGGCAAAUUCCACCCAGUGCAGCAGUGGAUGUACUUUGACUCUUUGGAAUCCCUUCCCCAGGGUUCAAAGAGGACCGAGGAGUUGUGUGCGCCGAUCGGAAGCCGGUACGACGGCCAGAUAGCAGUCUUCGGCAAGGAGUAUCAGGAGAAGAUUUCAAACAUCAAGCAGUUCCUGGUUGGCGCCGGUGCCAUCGGCUGUGAGAUGCUGAAGAACUGGGCCAUGAUCGGUCUUGGUACUGGACCCAAUGGCCAGAUCACUAUCACUGAUAUGGACUCUAUUGAGAAGAGUAACCUGAAUCGGCAAUUUCUGUUCCGACCCAAGGACGUGGGCCAGAUGAAGAGCGACUGCGCAGCUGCGGCCGUUCAACUCAUGAAUCCAGAUCUUAAGGGACACACUGUUUGCUUGAAGGAUCGUGUGAGUCCAGAGACUGAGGAAAUUUUCAACGAGCAGUUCUGGGGCGGUCUGGACGGUGUCACCAACGCCCUGGACAACGUGGAGGCGAGAACAUACGUCGACCGGCGCUGUGUCUUCUUCCAGAAGCCUCUUCUUGAGAGUGAGUCGUACUCAUCUUCGGUUGACCCGCCUGAGCAGUCCUUCCCGAUGUGCACACUUCGAAGUUUCCCCAACAAGAUCGAGCACACGAUCGCCUGGGCCCGCGAACUGUUUGAGACCAACUUUGUCAAGCCGGCUGAGACGGCAAACCUGUACCUCACGCAGCCGGACUACUUGAAGUCUACGUUGGCACAAGGAGGCGACCAGAAGACGACGCUGACAAUGCUUCGCGAUUAUUUGAAGAACGAGCGUGCGCUGACCUUCGAGGACUGCGUAAGCUGGGCUCGCAUGGUUUUCGAGAAGCAGUAUAACAACGCAAUUCAGCAAUUGCUGUACAAUUUCCCCAAGGAUUCAACGUCCUCCAGCGGGCAGCCCUUCUGGUCCGGUCCCAAGCGAGCACCGGAUGCGUUGAAAUUCGAUAUCAACGACCCCACUCACUACCAAUUUCUCGUUGCGGCAACUAACCUGCACGCCUUCAACUACAACAUCAAUGUGCGUGAUAAGGAUCGCGCUGCAUAUGAGGCUGCUGUGGAGUCCAUGAUCGUCCCAGACUUCUCUCCCGACCCUGGUGUCAAGAUCCAGGCGGAUGAGAAGGAGCCAGACCCCAACCAAGCAUCUGGUAACUUUGGGGAUGACGCGGAACUGGAGAAGAUCGCCAGCGAAAUCCCAGAUCCCAAAUCUCUGGCAGGAUUCAAGCUCACGCCCGUGGAGUUUGAGAAAGACGACGACACCAACUACCACAUUGACUUCAUCACCGCAGCGAGCAACCUCCGCGCGACAAACUACAAGAUCGAGACAGCGGAUCGCCACAAGACAAAGUUCAUCGCUGGCAAGAUUAUUCCCGCCAUCGCGACCACUACCGCCUUGGUCACUGGUCUGGUGGUGUUGGAGCUGUACAAGAUCAUCGACGGCAAGACAGAUGUGGAGCAGUACAAGAACGGAUUCGCCAACCUAGCCCUGCCCUUCUUCGGCUUCAGCGAGCCUAUAGCCAGUCCCAAGGUCACCUGGAAAGACUUCAAUGGCAAGGAGCACACAAUGGACAAGAUCUGGGACCGGUUCGAGCUCCAGAACAUAACAUUGAAAGAGCUCCGUGAGGACUUCAAAGAGCGCGGCCUUAGCGUGACCAUGUUGAGCUCAGGCGUCAGCCUGCUCUACGCGUCCUUCUUCCCCCCUAACAAGCUUAAAGAUCGGGACGCCAUGAAGCUUAUUGAGCUUGCGGAGUUUGUCUCUAAGAAGCCCAUCCCGGCGCACCAGAAGUAUGUUAUCUUUGAGGUCGUCGCCGAGGACGCGGACGAGGAAGACGUUGAGGUGCCCUACCUGAUGGUAUCGCGGGAUUGA